UUGCGCUCUUGCGGGCCCUACGCUAAAACCCUCGCCGGGAAAAUGGAAGCGCCGGCGAAGGGGACGGUGACGCCGUUGGCGUCGAUGUUUCCGGAGGCGGAAGCGAGGAAGGCGGCGAAGCGAGUGGAGGAGAAAAUUGGAGAGAAGCAGAACGAGAUGAAUCGGCUCGAUCAGUUUGUCGCCGAUAACGCCAAUCUCAUCAAUCUCGUCAAGAAGCUUCCCGAUCAGCUCUAUCACGAUGUAAUGGUUCCGUUCGGUAAACUGGCGUUUUUUCCAGGCCGAUUGAUUCACACCAACGAGUUCCUGUUGUUGUUGGGCGAGAAUUACUACGCUGAGAGAACAUCAAAACAAACUGUCGAUGUCUUGAAGAGAAGAGAAAAGACUCUGAAUUCCCAACUUAACUCGCUUAAAGCCGAGAUUGAAGAUCUUCGAACAGAGGCUUCAUUUUUCACAAGAACUGCAUCAGAAGCGGCGGCAGGUAUUGUUGAGAUAAGAGAAGAGUAUGUGGAGGUAGGUUCUUCUGGAACUGUGGUUCAAUCAGAAAAAGAACAACUUCCAGGACUUCCUGAAAGAGAAAACGCUAAAGAUGAAGAUGAUGAAUAUGAGCGAAUCCUCGCCAGGUUAGAUGAACUUGAAAUGGAAGAAAUGAAGGGCGUAACCAAGGAUGAUAGAGAUGAAGAACAGGAUUCUGACACAGAAAGUGCGGAGUACAGUGAGAAUAAUAUUGAGGAAGAAUUUAUAGGUGAAAUAGACCACAGCAGGGUUGAAUAUGAGGAAUCAGACGCACAAUGUGCUGGGCAGAGUGGUCACGAUGUUGAGGAACGAGAAAGAACUAUAUUUGUUCCUAAGAAGAGUUCAGAUCAUAGCUUUCCCAAUCAGGAACCGAGAUAUUCUGAGGCAUUGGGAUCAUUUGGUAUUGGGCCAAGAGGUGAAGACGCAACUACUGGAAUGUUAGCAGAGAAACAACAACGUCAAAAGCAUUUGGAUGGCCUUUUUAAUUGUACAGGACUAUCGGCAGAGUAUUUACCCAAAGAAGAUAAAUCAAGCGGUGGAUUUGAACCGCAAAAUGCAGGGGCAUCUGCAAACGCUCUGAUGACAAGUACAGUUUCCAGAGGAAACACUGGAACCAGUGUUGUAUGUCCACAGAGGAUCGAGUCGCUUGUUCAGAAACCAAAGCCUGACUUCGAUUAUCUCAAGGCUUUCACAGGAUCGAUAGUAGAGCACGCCACAGAGACAGACAACCGAAUUCAGUCGACGGGUUCACAACCGUCAAAGCCUGUCUCAAGAUUCAAGGCGGGGAGAAGGUAAAUUGUCUAAUGUUGUACCUUGUUUACUACUCUUGCAACUGGACCGGGAGGAAAGAAAGAGAAAGCGGAUGGUGAAUACAACAUAUGCGGUUUGGUUAUACUGUUGAAUUUGCCAUUAUGUUAGAAUAUUACUACUUCGUGACGCCUACAAGGAUUUAGUUACGGGCGUGGACAUUAGUGAUUAGUAUAUACAUUUCAAGACAGUAAAUGAUAUUAGGGUUUACGAACUUAAACAA